GAUCAUGUAACACGUGAUGUUUAAAUAGACCUGUGUUUACCUAUUUUUAGUUAUUUUAUCAAUACAAGGUCAUAUUUAUGAUCAGUACAAAAAUGAUGAUUGUACGAACAUCUUCAAUUUUUGCUUUACUUUUCACCUGCGUGGAAUGCUGUAUACGGUCAGCACCAUCUUCGGGAAACUUCACCUUUGCGUCGUCUUAUGGAGAUCACAUGGUUCUGCAACGAGGACCAAAGCAAGCGAUUGUAUGGGGAUAUGGUCCAUCACCGGGAAGUGACGUCACUGUGUCGCUCAGUGGAGAAACACCAAUUAGCGUUAAGGUAGAUAAAGGAAACACUUGGAAAGUAAAGCUUGCAGCCGUUACAGACACAAAACCACAUACAAUAACUGCGAUGUCCUCAUCGGGAACGAUCAUGUUGAGUGACGUUUUAUUUGGUGAUGUAUGGAUCUGUUCUGGUCAAAGUAACAUGGUGUUUAUUAUGAGACAUUUAUUCAAUGCCACUGAAGAGAUUGCAGAUGCUGUUAAUUAUCCUGACAUCAGAAUCUUUACAGUUGGCAUGGAAUUUUCUAUGGUACCAUUGCCUGAUCUAAAAAGUGUGAUGGAAAGUUGGUCUUUACCAAACAAAGAAACGGUUGGAGCCGAUGGCUACUUCUCAGCUGUAUGUUUUUUGUACGGGAAACGACUUUACAACAAAUUGAAAUAUCCAAUCGGGCUAGUAACGUCAGCAUGGGGAGGGACACCUAUAGAGACCUGGUCCGAUACAACAGCCCUCAAGAAGUGUAAUAUUCCAACAUUUCAUAACGAAAAUAGUGAAAAUAAUGUAUUAUGGGUGCCUACCGCGCCAUCACUUUUAUGGAACGCUAUGAUGUUCCCACUUACAAAUAUGACCAUAUACGGUGCAUUAUGGUACCAAGGUGAGGCAAAUGCGAUCUUUCCAGCUGACCCUAACACAUAUAACUGCACGUUUCCAGCAAUGAUUUCAUCUUGGCGGGAAACUUUCCAUGUUAAUUCUGAAAUGCAGACAGACGAGCAAUUUCCGUUUGGAUUUGUGCAGCUUGGUCCAUGGAAGAAUGAUUCAUCAAUAACAACGGGAUUUCCUGACCUCAGAUGGCAUCAGACCGCAGACUAUGGUUACGUUCCUAAUGCUAAAAUGAACAAUGUAUUUAUGGCCACUGCUAUGGAUCUCCCAGAUUUUAGUUCACCUUACGGCGGUAUCCAUCCAAGAGACAAAGAAGAUGUUGCAGAUCGUUUGCUUUUAUCGGGUCUAACAGUAGCAUAUGGUAGAAAUGCUGGGAAGUACCAAGGUCCAUUUCCGACAAAAUAUUUUAUGGACGCUCAGAGUAAAACUUACUUGAUUACAUACGAUGAUGAUAGUGCUGAAAUAGAUGUCAGAUCGGAUGAAGGAUUUGAGGUAUGCUGCUCCGAGAUUAAAACAUCUGAUUGCAGCACAGAUGAUUCUACAUGGGUAGCAGCUCCUGUCACAGACCAUGAUAAACAGACUGUAUCUAUAUCUUAUAAAGGAUGUGCUAGUUCUUACGUGGUGGCCAUAAGAUAUGCAUGGAGAGAAUCACCAUGUCCUUUUAAAAAAUGUGCCGUAUAUAGCAUUGAGAAUAAUUUACCAGCGCCACCAUUUAUCCAACUUAUAGCACAACCCUCAGACACAUUGUUGUAUCACUCUGGAAAUGUUGUUAUACCAGAACUGAUUAAUAACUAAGGAAAGAACAACUAUAUUUUUGAUAUUUUUGAUAAUUAAAUGUGCAAUAUAUAAUAUGUCUGUAUUCAUUUUUCUAUAGUUCCAAUGAUUUAUUAAAAACAAGAAAUAAUGUCGAAAAAGAUGAACAGC